AUGGAUCGUAGCAACCUGGCCAACGCCAAAACCGAUGGGCUGGAAGGUGACCUCAAUUUUCCGGCAAAUGGCUAUUCACUUAUGAUAGUCCUCUUCUACAUUCCUUUCGGGUUGUGUGAUUUGCCGUGGAAUCUCUUGAUCAAACGCUUCUCCGGAAGGAUCAUGCUCUCAUUCAUGACCGUUGUUUGGGGGAUGCUUUCACUCUGUGAGUGCGCUGCUACCAGCUUUGGCAGUCUGUUGGCGAUUCGGAUUAUCCUGGGGGUAUUCGAAGCCGGUUUCUUUGCAGGUGCUACGUUCUAUUUCACGCUCUUCUACACGCGAGGUGAAAUGGGUCUACGCCUGUCAAUUUUACAACUCUUCGCCGUCCUAGCGUCAGCAUCCAGCGGACUUAUUUCCUACGGUGUUUUCCAGAUCGACCAUCCCACUGUGCAGGGAUGGCAGUGGCUAUUCAUUAUUGAAGGAUCCAUGACAUUCCUGACAGGGAUUAUCGGGUUCUUCUGGCUUCCGGCGGGCCCCCAGAAUGCCUGGUUUCUGAACGAAAGGGAGAGAGCAGCAGCGAAUGCUCGAUUACUACGUGACAAUUCAGUCGACAUCGAGACCUCGCUGGAUCUGAAGGAGUGUUUUCAAACAUGGAGAGAUUGGAAGUUCCCAGUUUGGUGUAUCAUAACACUCACGUAUCCAGUGGCAUACGCAACAGCGAUGAACUUCUUCCCGUUGAUUGUUGGGCGGCUGGGCUAUUCGGUCGUCAAAACAAAUCUCUGGACGAUCGCUCCAAACUUGGUCGGCGCAGUGGUCUUGCUCUGCGUGGCGAUAUCGUCGGAUUAUUUUCGCGAAAGGACGUUUCACAUCGUCUUCUCCCUGGUAUUGUCGUUGAUCGGGAUGUUAGUUCUCGCGACCUUGAAUGUUACCCAACAUAAAAGCGUUGCAUAUUUUGCGUGCUUUCUCAUGGCGGCUGGGUCGUACAUCCCAUCCUGUCUUGUCCACGCAUGGCAUAAUAAUAACAACAUUCACGAGAACUCGCGGGCGGCAAACACUGGACUAUUCGUCGGUCUUGGAAAUUUGGCUGGCAUCUUGAGCGCUGCCACUUUUCGCACGGAAUACGCUCCAAGAAACUGGGGGUAUCCCAUCCGCGAAAACGACCGUGUCUGUCGCCCUGAACUUGUCCCCAUGGUCGUGAAAUCACACAUCUGUGACUGGCCUAAUUGUGGCAAGGCCUUUACUCGUGCUGAGCAUCUGCGGAGGCAUUCUUUGAACCAUAGAGAACCACGGAGCGGAUACACCUGUGAGCGAUGCUUUGUUCACUUCAACAGGCCUGAUUUACUCGCAAGACACAAAAUGCGGCAUGCAAAACGAGACGAAGAAGCCGGUGGCCCUGGCCUGGGAAUAUUGGAAACCCGAAAAAGGACUCGACGUGCCCCGAACGGAACGAUCGUGACCAAGCCGGCUAAACGACAAGCUAGGAAGGCGAUGUCAAAUAGGCACGAUCGCUCCGUAUCACAAACGUCCUUCGAAAGCGCGAGUGAAGGAAAUUCCGGGCUCAUCGAAUCCCGCGAUUAUCCCCACGGGGCCCCUGUUUCUCCUCCAUCAUCUGCCCAUCUCGAGAGUCGCGACCAACACAGUGAUAUUGGGAUCAGUGACGAGGAUACACUAUUGGCCCCUAUGAUGCCCGGGGGUCCUUACGAGCCAUACGUCGAACCGAUUCCGGGACAAUUCGACGCAGCGGAUGGAUCGUGGGGAACUUCUCCUUUUGGCGACAUGUUUACCGCAGACACUGCAAUGGAUUUUAAUAUGCCUUUUGCAGUCACCCACAACUACAACUGGCUCUUCGAUGUCUCCUGCCUGGACGACGCCUUUGUUGAUCUGGAUUGGCCAUUGGAACCAGUCUCUUCCAACCAAGACUCAAUCGCAUCCCUGCCGGGGGAAGAGAGAGGUGCAACCCGAGAUAUAGAUUCUGGGGAGCUCGCGGAGCUUUGUAAUUCUGAAUUGGACUUCAAUCUGGAUCCUUCGUCGAUACUCCUCGAAGCAGCAACGUUCAUCGAUAAAGGCCUGUAUCCAGACGCUAGCACAUCAUCCAGCACUGCACAUCAGCAAGCCGAUCAGAUUGCCUCAGAGUAUCCGGAUAUGGAAUGGAUGACAGGGCGUCCACAGUUGAAUAUACUGUCUCGACCGCAGCUGCCUCAAAUAUCAGAAGAAGCGCGAGGCAGUAUCCUGGCUCUGAUUUCCAACGCAAAGGACGUUAACAACGCCUCGCCCUUGUUAUCGCUGGAAGCCCUCCAGGGAUAUUGUGACUUUUUCUUCUCACGAUUCAACGUAGCGUACCCAUUAAUCCACCAAGGAACAUUCAAUCCUAGUCAUGCAGAACCGGUGUUUCUGGCCGCUGUUCUUUGUCUGGGAGCAACAUAUAGCAGUCGGGAGGCACAUCAGAUUGCGGUCGGAAUUCAUGACUCUUUGCAAAACCAGCUUUUUUGUCACCCAGAUUUUUCUCCUCAGCCGGAUCUGUGGGUUUUGCAGGCAAUGCUCCUGAUUGACUGCUUUGGGAAGAUGCGCGCAGGUCCAAAACAAAGAGAUCGAGCUCAGUUGUUUCACUGCGUACUCAUCAAAAUGAUCCGUCGCAGCAACUGCUGUGUCAUCCAAACACCCACCAUCCGCAGUAGACCCAAAGACUUAGAACACGCCUGGGUGGAAGCAAUGGACUUGGAGCAGCGGAAGCGGCUGGCAAUGCACUGUUUCAUGUGGGAUACUCAACACGCUGUGCUCUUCUCGCAGUCUCUUUGUAUGUCCGCUUUCGAGAUGCGGUUCCCCUUGCCCUGCGACGCCAGUACCUGGGAAGCAUCAACAUCGGAACAGUGGCUUCAGUGCGCAGUAAAAGAGCCCGACCACCCUUUUCUAUCGGCACUCAAAGGAUAUAUCGCACCUCACGCCGUGCACCGUCCUCGGCAUCUCAACCCGCUUGCGCGUGUCUUCCUCCUGCACGGUCUGAUGUCCCUUUCCUCAGACCUUAGACGAAGAGACCAAACAACGAUAAGAUCGGAGACUCCCAGGCUAGCUGGCGUGUGGAAACACCGGAUUGGGCGAUCGUAUGACUUAUGGAAGAUCGACUUCGAUGCGGACUGCAUGGCAAUGAAACUGGGUCAGGCCGCAAACUCUCGCCGGUUCACUGGUAUCAAGAUGGCGGCCAAUGCGCUGUAUCGGUCAGCCCAUAUCACAUUGAAUGUAGAAAUCUUGGACCUACAAAUCUGCGCCGGAGCACCGCAUAUUCUCGGGCGUACAGUGACACAAAACGACAUCGAGCGGUCCCGAAGUAAUAUUCCCCAAUGGCUCCAGAAUGAAUCUGGGAUGGCACUGAAGGCCGCAAAACACGCAUCUUUUAUCCUGCAGGACGCCGUGAUGAGCCUGGACGACUGGGAUGAUGCGGACGCGUUCCAUUUCCCUUGGUGUCUGUAUCUCGCGACGCUGACCUGCUGGGCGUUCCAUCUGCCAGAGGAAGGCCAUAACGUAGCGAAUCCAAUUCCACAAGGUGAUGAACAGGCCAAAACGGAGAUGUCGUCGCUGAUAAUCGCCAUGACGACGUGUUCCAGUCCGGACGAGUUGGCAUCAUUGGCCGGUAAAUAUUCUACGAAAGGGUUGAUGAAGGUGAUGGCGCAGAAACUGGCAACGGUACGUUGGACCGUAGUUCACGAUGCGAUGAAGGUGUUGCUUCGUCUGGUCGGUUUGUGAUUGUGCAGGAGUGAAGGAAAGAACUCAGCGGAGGAUAUAUAUCGAGACAAAAAAACCCUACAUUUACAAUUGU